AUGAAGUUCACCACAGAGCUUACAGUUCUCACCCUGGCCAUGGGCGUCUUCGCCGAGCCCCCCACCAAGGUCGUCGCCGAGCGUGACCUGGCCACCAUCCAAAACGUCAUCACGCAAGUCGGCAACUCUCUCAAGGAACUAAACACGGCCGUCGAAGCCUUCAACGGCGACCUCACCGGUCUCGCCACCGCUGCGGGAGGCUUCAGCAACGUUCUCAGUCAGGGCACAAAGCAGGUCCAGGACACGAGUGAGAUCACGCUCAACGAGGCGCUCCAGCUUCAGCAGUUCGUCUCGGGCCUCCAAAGCGACGGCAACGCCCUCACCAAGAACCUCGACAAGAAGAAGCCCGAGUUCGAGAAGGCCAACCUCUGCGGCGUCAUCUCCUCACAAGUCGGCACAGUCGGCGACAACGCGAAGAAGCUCAUCGAUGCGGUUGUUUCCAAGGUUCCCCAGAGCGUUCAGUCCGUUGCUAGUCAGCUUGCUGGUGGCUUCGCCACGACACUGUCCUCAACCCAGCAGAGCUUCGGCGAAGGCAACUGCACCAACGCUAACAUGGCCGGUAACAGCACGGCACCAAAGCCUUCCAAGCCCGCCACUGCUGGCUCUGGUGCUGUCUAUGCUAGCCUUGGAUCCAUUGCCGCCGCAGCAUUCGCUGUCAUGCUGUUGUAA